UUCCAUCAUUGGCUCUAGCCCAAUUUUAUCCUGCCUACUACGAACUCCUCUGUCUGCCCUCGACGCAUACCGUAGUCUCCGCGGGGCGAGUACUCACGUUAGUUCCAGCUCGUGACGCGCGUUCCUGCCACAUUUCUUCCCGUACAAGACAGCCAACCGACGCUUUGCAUAAAGCGUGGUCCAAAGGCCUUUCUAUUCGCCAUUCCAAUCCUCGGAAAAGUCACGGCUCGACUAGUCUAGAGCGAGAGCAUGGCGAUUGCGGAGGUUUCCCGCCACGCGAUUUCGCUCAGCCCACCUAGGACAAGUCACGCGUCCGUCGUCGCGACCAGCAGCAGCGACGGAGGAACGGAGUUCGCCGACGAAGGCUGGUCCGUCAGGACUAGCUUCGACGUUGGCGUUAACGUCAAUCCGGCAGCAGCAGCAGCCAAUCCCAAUGACGCUUCGUCGGCCGCUACUACAGCCGCCACCGCCGACGCCGUUGCCGCAGAAGCUAGUGUUCAGAGGACGGCGAGUUGCGGUCGAGAUCACUCGCCAUGCGCCGUCACCACGGAAGCCGCCGCUGCCGCUAUCGUCGCCGCCGCCACUGCGUCUUCAUCAUGGGAAAGCGACAUGCAGGCGCAGCUGCAGGAGUGGUUCCGCGAUUCCGAUUGGGUGGACGAGCCGCCAUCGAUCGAGGUCAGCAUGGGCUCCGGCGCGGUGUGCCAGCUGGACUGCAUUGCCACCGUGGCACUGCCACCGGAUGCGGUGUUUAACGUUGUUCAAGACCCGCACAAUCGGCGCGUCUUUAAGAAUAUAAAGUCCGUGAGCGACGUGCGCGUGGUGCGCGACGAGGGCGGCGUGCAGCACGUGGAGAUGAACAUGGCGUUCGCGUGGCGCCUGCCCGCGAUCUCCGGCUCCUUCACCGCGCACGUCCUCAUGAUCCAAGACCGCCCCAACCGCACGAUGUCCUACGAGCUCACGCGCCCUGGUUUUAUGAAGAAGUUCCAAGGGUUUUGGAAGGUCGAGCCGCUCUUCGUCCCCGCAGCCUCCGCGAUCGGUGGUGAAGACGGCCUUUCCGGAAGCCUUUCUGGCUCGAGCAGCCCCAUUGAACGCCCCAGCAGUCCUAACGAAGACCCGUCUCGAAGCCCGAUCAGCGUUCUUAGCUACAGUUGCCCCGACCUGUUCGCGCUCGGGGAAGCCGCGGGAAGAACGGCGGGAGCGUCACCCACUGCGACAGGAGGAGAGUCGCCAGCGAGCGUCUCGUCAGGAGCAGCGGCAGGAACAGCGUCGCCAGCGCCAGCGCUAGCGACAGCGGCGAAGCGCGUCGCGUCGCGCAUCGUGUUGCGACAGAUCGUGCAGCCGUCCGUGGCGCCUCCCCCGAUGUUCCGCAGGUGCCUCCAAGGAAUCCUACAAACCGCGACGCGGGACAUGCUCAACGAUUUCCAGACCGAAGCGGCGCGGAUCCGAACCGGCGAGCGGUUCGAGAAGGAGGCGGAGGAGGGGAAGGAGGCGCGGGAAGCGCGGGAGCGAGCCGAGAAACGGAGCGCGUCGUUCCUGCAUAAAGAGGCGCUGCGCGCUCCCGGUUCUGGUGGGUUCGCGGCAGGUCUGGGAAAGAAGACGGGGAUGAGUCUAGUGAAAGGCGCGAUCAGCAGGAGCAAGAAGGGGCUGACGUCGCUGGCGAAAGCAGGGGCUCGGAAGUGAGCAGCUGCAGCAAAGAGCGCGAGGCAUCAUUCUUGGUUCUGCCUGGUUUUUUCCGAUCAUCCUUAGUGAGAUUCUCCCCGUGAUGGGAAAUGCGCAUGUGAGAUGCGAUGAGAUUCGAAGCUUGUUCGCCAUUGUGCUGGUGAGCUGUACAGGUUGUUACCGCUUAGGGUGUAACGGGUCCUCCUAUGUAGAGAUGCUUCCCUGACUCUAGAGCCAUACCUCGGGCUUCUCCGGAUGUCGAGCCGGUCUGGGGGAAAACAGAGGUGCCCCCUUGCUGUGCCUCGCAGUGCUCAAAUUAUGAUAAGCAUGGAUGGAAUAUACUGUACAGGUACACCCAUGGUGUUGGUCAGCAGCAGCACCUUACACGUCUGAGGGAGGCUACAGCAGCGCCAUAUGGAUAGUUUAGGCAUGCAAUUCUUACUGUGGGGGUGCACCUGCUGCUGUUAACUCA